AUGAGAGUGGGGCUUAGGCUGUUUGUCGGUCGAUUUGUUGGGCUUCGGUUGUUUGGUUGCUUUGCUGGGCAAUCGGUUGCUUUGCUGAGUAGAGAGGUGAGAGAAGUUUUAAUAACAGCAAAUGAUGAAAAAUUGCGCGAUCCAGAGGGAUACGAAGCUAUAAUACAGUUGCAUCAUCAAAUGGAUGACGAUCAGUCUGGUUCCAUCGAUCGGUUCGAAUCAACUGAUUUUUUGAAAGAAGAUAUGCAGUUGGGAGGUUUAGACAGGGCCCAACGAGAACGUGUUUUUCAUCAUAACCACGAUGAGUUAAUAACAGUGGAUGACUUAUGGGAAGCGUGGUUUGCAUCUGAGGAGCGUUCCUGGACUACAGCUGAUAUGGUGAAUUGGUUGGAAAAUACAGUUCGCCUUCCGCAGUACUCAUCUAUUUUCAUUGGAAUGGAAAUUGACGGUCGCUCUUUACCCAGAAUGGCUGUCGCUAAUUCUAGCUAUCUGUUGUCUGAUUUGGGCAUCAAGAAUUCGGUACAUAAGCAGAAAUUGCGUCUAAAGGCAUUAGAUGUCGUUCUUUUUGGUUUUAGUGGCAAUGCAUCUCGGCUUAAAGAUAUUGCUUUGUCAGUCUUAGUGAUUGUGCUAGUUACGGUACUUCUUGUUCUCAAAGUACAGCGGACACGAUCGCAUAUGCAAAUGGAACAGUUGACGGCGAAGUUAUCACAGCUGAGAUCAAUGCAAAGCCAUUUUGAAGAUGUCCAGCAGAAAUUUGAGGAAGAACAAAGAAAAAGACAACCGAGUCGGGGUGCAUUAGAAAGCGAACAAGUUGAAACGCUAAAAUCACAACUUAUGGAAGCUGAGCGCUUGUUGGAAAGUUCUGGUUCGGCUCCUCUUGCUCUACAACCACUGUUAAGGAGGACCUGUGAACUAGAAGUGAGUUAUGUUGGACAGCAACGGAUGGAAUGUAUUGCUGAAAUGAGAGAAGCCAUUGAACACAUCGACAAACUUCGAAAAAAGCAGUCAACCCUUGUUUCCUCCAUCAAACUUGCUACGGGUGCUUCAUCAGGAACAGAUCACAUCGAUUCACGCAUUUUUGCUUUAAAAGCCCGAAUGGAGAAAAUUUCAUUGGCAAUGAGUGAAUGCCAUCAACGAUGGACUGAAAUCGAAUCACUGUGUGGUUUCCCUUUAGUUCCUACAUCAAUUACUGCUGAAAUAAUGUUUCCUUCUAUAACGACGAGUAAUGUGUUACCGAGAACCGGAUCCUCCAAUUCCUUUUAUCGUAAAUCUGAUCUAGUUGGCGGUGCAAUGACGGCAAGCAUGGCUUCAUCUUCUACACCUGGAAAUAGUCCUCCUCUUGUAAUUGAAGCUUCUUCGGAUGUUGGCGGUCGAGUAUCACCACUUGCUUGUUCAUGUGCGCACGAAGGUUUUAUACCUGCGGGAACUCGAUAUUUGGAUUCUUCAAAUUUGCAAAAACACAUUCACGAUAACAUCAAUAGUUCAAGACCCUUAAAAUUUGUAGCUGAUAGCAAUCAACCACUUCAGCGUUCCGCAUCUUCUGGAUCGUUUAACAAACCUCGAUAUCUCGGAUCUGUUGCGGAAAUGCAGAAAUCCCGAAAUCAAAUCAUCAGUUCUCUCAUGGGAACCGUUACUGACGAUGAGUUUGUAUCCACAGCUCCAACAGUUAAUAAAGUAAUUCCCCCCACUUCUUCGUCUCCAGCAACAACUGUCGGUCGUUUUUUACCGUUCAAGCAAGAUCUAAAAUUAUUGAAACGAAGUGUGUCAAAUAUAGUAUUCGGGUUAUCAUCAUCGAAUACCAAAGCAAAUGGAUUUGUAGCGAUUAAAGAAAAGAACCCAGCCGACGUUUCAACAAUUAGUAACAACAGAAAGUCAAAAUUUGGAAAUCUAUUUCACAGAACGUCAAAAAUUUAA